GAGGAGUUGUGGGCAGGAUUUGCGCGAGACGAUUGUCCCUCGUAAUUUUCCGUAGGUCUUCCCGGAAGUCUUUAGGAGCUCUUCAUUCAUUUCACUCUGAACAGUUUAUUCUCGGCUUAAUUUAAAAAUGCGCCGGAGAGUCGAAGCACGGCCCGCAUGCAGCAGACCAGAAGCCACGAAAAAGGACCCAGAGGAGAAGCAGCACAGACAACCCGAAGCCACACGCGGCCGGACUUACAGCUCUGUGCUGCUGAACUUUGGGAAAUGUGUGCUCCUCCUCAUCAUCAUCCCGCCUUUCCUCAACUAUGCAUCCCUGCAGAGAGAAGAACAGAUGCUGCUGCCCCAAGGUGGGCAGGUUGUGGAUGUGGGCUUGGGUCAGAAAAUGCAUCUUUUGUGUAAAGGACGAGGAAAACCUGUUGUGGUUCUAGAUGCUCCAGCUGGAAUGUCUUCAGAUACUUGGCUUCAUGUCCAGGAAAGUGUUUCUUCAGUCACACAGGUUUGCACCUAUGACAGAGUGGGUCUGGGCUUCAGCAAGCGGGCCUUUCCUAAUGAAACCACGGGAACCGAGAAGGUCUGGGGACUGUCCACCACAGGACGGAUGGUGGAUGAUCUGCAGCGGCUCCUGCGGGCGGCAAACAUAUCCAUGCCGUUCAUCCUGGUUGGCUCCGAGCUCGGCGCCCUCAACAGCCGCUUCUACGCCCACAUCCACGAUGUGCAAGUGUCCGACCUUGUGCUGAUCGAUCCCAUCCCAGAGGAGGUCUUUGAGGAGCAGCAGUGGAACGAGUACUGGUAUGGGAAGCUGCUGCCAUCGCUCCACGCACAGCAGCUCUCAGCAGCUGCAGGGCUCAGCCGGAUACUCAUCAUUCUGGGGGUGCUGGAGCCGUCAAUAAAAGGAGAGAACGUCUCAGAGGAGGUCGUCCAGCGUCAGAAGUACCUCCUGAGUAACCCCGUCCACCAAAGCAGUGCUGUAGACGAGCAUUACUUCAUGAAUGAAAGUGCUGCUCAAGUGAGGGACAUCACAAAGUUUAAGCCUCUUUCUAGUAUGAUAUCCGUCAGCGUGCUGACGGGGGAUUUAUUCGACCAACAAAUGCCGGAACAUCUAAACCAGAUGGUAGCUAAACUUCAAACAAGGUUUCUAAAGGAGUCCUACCCAUCAGCCAAUCACAUUCACAUAAAAGGAGCAGACAGGCGAAUGAUCUACAAGAAGCCAUCUGCCAUCAGCCAGCACCUGAAGAGGCUGGUCAACCAGCGACAAGCCAGACAGCAGAAUUCUCAAAGAGCCCAUGAUGGUAACUGAUGUGGGACCCUCUGCUGCUGGGAAACCUGGACUGUUUCGGGGGAAUCUCUGCUGAGAGAAUUUUUAGUGUAAAAAACUGAAGUGAAUACAACCCCAGAACUCUGCAUCUGUGAGGAUUAUGCAGUUCAGUUUGGGUUUUUGGGGGAUGUUUUUGGUCAUGUAUUGAGUUGUUCCCUGUCGAUGUGUUUUCAUUUCUUUUAAUUGUCCUCAGAAUAUAGAAGCAUCUAGUUUUCCGUUUGUCAUUGUCAGGUCAUCUGCUUUGCUUUCUCCCCUUUUUGUUUCUGGUCCUGUUCAAGUUUAUUAAAUAUUUAAGUUUC